AUGCAACGCUCCCUCUUUAGAAAACCUGGCGACAGUGAUGAUGAGAGCAGUUCUGAGUCUGAGGAUCUCAGUAGUUCGGCGUCCGCUGUUUCUGGAGAUUCUGCUGGUCUUUCAUCAUCCCCCACAGCUCUUCCUGAUAACCUGGGGCCGAAUCCCUCCGUACCCACUGCAGCCGUUAACUCUUCCUCCUCUACUAGCCCACAUCGUAUUCAAUGCCUUGCUAGAAGCGUUCGUUUCAUCACGGCUCCACCCAACAGCGAGAACUUUGCUCGUCCCGAAUUGGCGAGUGUACGCCAGACCUAUCUAGACGGCGUCGAUGCUCUUUUGCAGCGGAGCGUACAGCAAAGUGCAGGUGGAGAAGUGGCAGGUCAUGUUGUGGAGGAUAGUCAGUUGUCAAUGGUUCUCAGGGAGAAUUCGGCUGCGGUCGUUCCCGGUCCGCCCAUCCUCAAAAGGGUAAUGACAGAAACCGUUCCUGCUGGUAGGAGCUUGGAUGGACGAAAGGUCCUUCAACGGUGCUCUUCGUUGAGUAUACUAGCAAAUGCUGCAAAGGGUACAAAGUACCGGCCUAGUACUGCUCCAGCACUGGCUGAAAGCCCACCGUCGUUUUUCCCAGUGGACAAGGAGCCCAAACCAACACCAACCACGCCUAGCAUCAAUGUUAUAAUUAAACCAUCACGGUAUACGUCCGAUUUCAUCGAGCUAGGGUUUCUUGGGAAAGGCGGGUUCGGUUCCGUGUUCCACGUUCGCAAUCGUCUCGAUGGAGCUGAGUAUGCUAUCAAAAAGGUGGCACUUAAGCAUGAAAUGUUUAAAAAGGUCCAAGAGGAUGGUAUCGGAGCAUUUGAGAGGGUCGUGAGGGAGGUUAACACAAUGGCGACCCUUGAACAUAAUAAUAUCGUCAGGUAUUAUGCCAGCUGGAUUGAUGGGUUGAUUGCUGAGCAGUUUGCCGCCGGGCCAGUGGCUACAGUCGAUGUGAAUGUUGGUGCUGCUACUCAAGUUGACGAAGUGAACGUCUCUAAGCAUGAUCCAACGAGUAACUAUGAUCCAACGAGUAACUAUGACCCAACUAGUAACGACGGCCCAACGAGUAACGAUGACCUUCCUAAUGACGAGGACCUUCCUAAUGACGAGGAUCAGGCCGAGCUAUCAGAGUUAAACAUUAUAUUUGAUAUUGAGCCUGACGAAAGCAGGGUCAAAACUCUUGGUAGCUUAAAUGAAUCAAAAUCUUUGAGCAAGGAGAUCGAGGUGGGUAGCAUGGGCCACAUGGACGGCAAUUCUGAGGAGAGCUCGGGCGAAUCAGUAGAGUGUAUUCCAAGGUCAUUCUCCCCCAAGGCGCGGUUAGCACACGAUUCUAUAUCUCGACGUUCCUCAAACCACCGCGGGAACAAACCUUCAGUCAACUUCAAACUAGCUUCCGAAGACGAGUCAGCGCACUUAUACUCCGAAUCUGACCUCGCGGAAUCAGCGAUCUUUUCAGCGGGUAACGGUGCCAUGAUAAAGUCAACCACAAAGGGGCGUGGGCAGGAGAACAGACGAUCUGCAUCUGUGGUCACCCUUCAUAUCCAGAUGUCACUUCAUAAGCUUGGACUGACCUCAUACUUGUCCUCGGAUUCCCCCCCACAUGGUGGCCCGAAACAUUGCUUCUGCCUUAUCGCCUCAUUAAGGUUGUUUUCCGGUCUUCUUGAUGGCGUUGCUUACCUCCACGAGAAGAAAAUCGCUCAUAGAGAUUUGAAACCGGGAAACAUUUUCCUCGAUACCUAUGAGGGUCGGAGGUGUUGCAAAUGCGAUACCCACAACGCUAUUGUCAUUCCUCGCAUCGGGGAUUUCGGGCUCGUAAAAAAUGUUACGGAAAGCACUGGGGCUACGACCCCGAGCGUUGCUGUGGGUACCGAGUUUUAUAGGCCACAGGCAGGCGUUAUGGACGAUGACCUAAUUGGAAGAGAUUUAUUUGCAUUGGGCGUGAUAUUGGUCGAACUAAUGCACAAGUUUGGCACAAGAAUGGAACGUGUGUUCACACUUACAGCAUUGACAAGGGCCGGAAAGCUUCCAGCAGCCCUGGACGAACGCAUUAUUGAUAUCGUCCAAGGAUGUUGUUCGCUCGGCCCUUAUGUCAAUAAGAGGUGGGAUUUAGAGAGGGUCAAGCAAGCCAUCAUUACCAUUGAGAAUUCUGAGUCUCAAGAGUAG